AUGUCCUCCACAACACCCCAAUCGCUCCCCAGGCCCAUCAAAAUGGCCAUCCUGGACGACUACCAAAACCUCUCCGGCCCCUACUUCACCGACUUCCCCUCAACAGAGCUGCAAAUCGACACCUUCACCGACACGCUCCCCGCGCACGCGACAGACGCCCUCAUCGCGCGGCUGCAGCCCUACACCAUCAUCUCAACAAUGCGCGAGCGCACGCCCUUCCCCGCAUCCCUCGUCCAAGCCCUCCCAAACCUCCGCCUCCUCCUAACCACCGGCCUCCGCAACAACAGCCUCGACCUCCCCGCCUUCGCCGCCGCCAACAUCCCCGUCGCCGGGACACCCUCGGACGUCCCCGCAGCCGACUCCUCAUCCGCCGCCACGGUCCCCAAAGGCGCCAUCAGCAAAACCACCCAACACGCCUGGGCCCUCAUCCUCGCGCUAACCGACAACAUCGCCCGCGACGACGCCGCCCUCAGGCACGCCACUCCCUCCCCCUGGCAGCCGCACCUCCCCCUCAACAUCUACCUCGCCAACAAGACCUUCGCGGCGCUCGGCCUGGGCAAACUCGGCAUCGCCGCCGCGCGCAUCGCCGCGCUGGCCUUCGGCAUGCGUGUCAUCGCGUGGAGCGCGUCGCUGACGCAAGCCGACGCGGACGCCCGCGCGGCGGCGGCCGGACUGCCUGCUGGCAGCGUCGAGGUGGUCGGGAGCAAAGAAGAGCUGUGCCGCCGCGCGGACGUGCUGAGUCUGCAUUACGUGUUGUCGGAGCGGUCGCGCGGGAUAGUCGGGCGCGAGGAGCUGGGGUGGUUGAAGCGGAGUGCGUUGCUGGUUAACACGGCGAGGGCGGGGUUGGUGGAUGAGGAGGCGUUGUGGGAGUGUUUGAGGGAGGGCAGGAUUAGGGGGGCCGCGUUGGAUGUGUUUUGGGAGGAGCCGCUGCCGAGGGACAGCAGGUGGCGGACGGAGAGGUGGGGGGAGGGGGGCAGGAGUCAGGUCAUCGUCACGCCGCAUACGGGUUAUAUGUUUGAGGAGACGCUGGAUCUGUGGUGGAAGGAGACGGCGGGGAAUGUGAGGAGGUGGCUGGAUGGGGGGGAGGUGCGGAAUAGGUUGGUGUGA